AGAUUUGUUCAAAUGUUUUAUGAUACGUAGCUGUCAAUCUUCUGUGUGAAACAUCACGAACUUUGCACGAUGAUGUAGAUUGUUUGCAUGUCUUUUUGUCAUUCAUCUAAAUACAUCCGACUUGAAUUCGGCCCUGCCGCCAUAGACCGCUCACCGAUAAAGAUUAGACACGCGAAGUCGUCGGUGCUGAUUUUUCCUCACAACUGCCAUCUUAACGGUUAGUCAAGAUUCUGCCUGCGUGAGUGUAGAGUAAAGAACUCCUUUUUAAGUUUUCAUGAAUUCACAAUUUAAGAAUUACAAUGACAAAACUCGUCUACUCUUAAAAAGGCGAAACUUCAAAGAAGCAUUGAGCUAUAUAACUCAUUGCAUAGAACGGGAACCAAACCCAACAAUGGAGCUAUUUGAGCUAAGGGUUAUUGCUUUUGAGUAUCUGAAAAAAUAUGAUGAAGCUCAAACAGAUGCAAAACGAAUGAUACAUUUAAACAAUAAAAGCGCUAAAGGAUACCUACGCCUUGGUAAACUGCAGCAGUUAAGCAAUCAAGACGGAAUGGCAGAUCAAACAUACGCACUUGGAUUAGCAAAUGUUCACAAGUUAGAUCCGCUGCUACCCGUGCUUAGGAAAGCGAGUGAGCAGCUUGCUAGACGAUUACAACUUUCAAGACCAGUAAUGAACCUAUUUGCUCGGUUUCCCAAAGAAAUUAUAAUCAAGAUUUUUGAUAAUCUCGACUUCAAAACGGUUGUCAGAUGUAUGCAAGUUUCUCGACUAUGGAGCAAGAGUAUAAAGAAAGAACCCGCAUUCUUUCGACGACUUGACUUUACGUAUGCUAAGCAUGGGAGUGUUAUGAAUCGCGAUAAAAAUGUAAUGUGUAUCGCAAGGUACUCCGCCUAUGCGAAAAACGAGAUACAGUCUGUUAUAGGUGUUGAGAAACUAGGCAUCCUUACACCUUCGAAAGCACUCCUUCGUUGUGUGCCUUCGUUGACUGAAUGGCAAACAAUUUCCGAAAUUAAGGUCCCUCAACUUGACAAACUGCAUUUGAUAUGGACUCCAUUUUCAAAUUUACAAUUUCUUCACUGCAACACGCCGGUAACAUUUUCAACAGCAGCACGUAUUCUGCACUCUUGUCCCAAACUCGUUGAACUUACGUUUAAGAGCUUAAUCCCAGACCUUUUAUUCGAUUCUAUGGAAUGGAAAGACACUGCUACGUUUCAGUCGCCAACCUUCAGCUUGAAGCAACUUGUAUUUUUACGAGACCAAAAGUUCCCCUUGCAUGAAACUGAAACUGAAUUCCUGCGACAAAUUCUCCAAAACUCACCAUCUUUAGAAACCCUGACCGUAACAUAUCAAAACAAUUUGUCCGGACUUCUUCAACAAGCACCGUGCAAAUUAAAGAAGCUUUCCGUCUUUGAUGACUCCCACAAUCCCUCACCAAAAAAAUUAUUCAUCUCAUCAUCCGUAGAAUGCCUUACUGUUGAACCUGGGCUGCCCAACUUGGCAAUCAGCUCUCCGUACGAUAUCCAAUCGGCAGAAGGAGAUAUUGAGCUUCGAGAACUCUUACUUAAUCUCUAUGUGCGACUAUCUCAAGACAUUGUUACAAAAACGACCAAUUUCCUAGAAAAGUGCAGACACCUUCGCUCACUCAUACUGAAGGAUGCCGUAGCUCUCAAUGAUCAGCUAGCACAAAUUAUCUCCUUCUUCCCAGACUUACAGGUCCUCGAUCUUUCGGACAACAUAUCAGUUGACGACAAAUUCGCAACUGUCUUGGGCACAAUGUGCCCACAAAUUAAGCAAUUAAAUCUGUCAGGCUGUCCGUCACUCACUGGACGAGGUCUUCUGUCACUAGUUAAAACACUUACUCAACUUGAAAAGGUUUCCAUUCUACAUUGCGAUUUAGUGUCAAAAGAGACAAUUAGUUUUGUCCGCAACAAAGGUAUCAAAGUGUAUACAAGCACAUACACAAGUGUUCCAGUGAACGGUACAAAACGCCUUAAACUAAUAUAGUUAGUAAUCCGAAAACGAUAUCCAAAAGGCACUCGCGAAUAGACGUACUUAAACAUACAAGGAAACAAUCAACAUUACAACUAGUCCCGUCACUUCAUGUCAUAGCAUCAUAUUAAUCAAAAAGAAAAAAACUAAGAAAAACCCAAAAAGAAAUACAAGAUAUUUAACAAUACUAAGGAGGUUCAUCAUGAGAAAAAACUAUACCUACCCACUCAUCAUUACAAAGAACCAGACAAGGACGAAAGCAAAGCAGACUUGGCGGUAAUUUUAAAAUCGUUGCCCUUCGAAGAAUCCUGCUGCACGCUAACAGCAUCCUUCGUAGCUAAUACCAGAACGUCAAAGAACAAUUGCACAGCUUCGUCGCGCUUGUAACCAGUACUUAACUCGGAAAACGAUUUCGUCUCACCUUCGACACUAGGAUACCAUUUUGUCCGAAGAUAAUCCGAGGCGUUUUGUGUACUUAGAAGACUUGUUUCAAAACCGAAAUCACUACCGCCAAGCCCACCCGUAGAGUCGGAUUCAGGCAUGUAAAUAGGAUUGGCUCCUUCAGCAGUAAGCUCUGCAGAAACAUUAGGCAAUGGAGGCAGACCAGCUUCUUGGGGAAGAUCAUCCUGUUGAGCGUCCUGUGGCAGUACGGGUAGCUGCUCUUGCUCAGGAGAUGCUGGUGGCAGCUGUUGUUCAAGAGGAGGAAGAUCUUCAUCAUUUACAGGAAGCGGCACUGUGAGUGAAGGAGGAGCAAUUUGUUCCUGUUCGGCCUGAGUUUGGACGUCAUUCUCUUGGAUUUGUUCGGCAGCUUCCAAAGGAGCUACCUCAAGCUCGGCAGUUUGAGGCGGACGAGAUGGAGACGAGGAAAUGGAUUCACGUCUGGAUUUUGUUGGUGUAUUUGGAGCUUCGUCGACACUUUCAAGCUUACGCUUUGCAGAACGCACAGCCAAUCGUUUUAGUGAUUCGACACGAAGUGAUUGCGAAAUUAAUGGGUUCAAAUUAGACGAGGCCAAGACAUGAGACAGGUUCCCCGACUUGUCAAAGCUAAAUAAAGCAUUCAUACCAAUACGGUUAUUAGGGACAACUUUAAGAGGAGCUUUAAUAGCAGACGUGUUGGCGAGCUGCUUUUUUAUUUGCUGAGACGACAUCUCCGUAAUCGGAUCAACAAUGGCCUUUCUGCGUCGAGGAACUCGAAUGGUAGAAGGAGGGGGCAUGGACGGCUUGUCGAUGACACUUUCGUUUGCCUGAACAGUGUCCGAAACAUUUUGGGGGGCAGCUUUUGUUGGGGAUACUGCUGUGACAUCGGCGGCGGCAGCAGCAGCGGCAGCAGUAGCGACGACUUCUGUUCCGUCGUCCUCGUGAAU